UGUUUCUGUUCAUCCCAAUACAAUCGUUGAGUGAGAUUCGGUUUCUCGGCCCAUCUAGAUAAUUCUCGCAGCAUGAUGGCCAGACUUCCGAUCUUCUGAAUAUUAAAAUUGUGUCCAGAUAUGUCGUGCCCUCGGCCACCCAGUAACAUAUCCGUCCUCACAUCGACCCCAUUUCCAUUUCCUUGAGCGGGUGAAACUGAAGCCAGAGCAGUUUUAUUAGCCUUUUCUGAACCAAUAAAUCUAGGUCUGGGUUCAAAAAUGGGUUCGUCAGAAGUCAAGUGGAUAUGGCACCCAGAUUGGACCGAUGAGUCGGAUGGGAGUUCUGCUGGAGGAUUUGUCCAUUUUCGAAAAACGAUUGUCCUCAACCAGCCAUCUAAAACAUCCUUUUUGAUCCAAAUCACAGCAGAUACGAAGUACAAGCUCUACGUAAACUCCAAAUUGGCAUCUGUCGGACCCGUUAAGGGAGACCUACACAUGUGGUUCUAUGACGAAGUCGACCUCCAGCCAUUUCUCCAUGAAGGAGUGAACACGAUCAGUGUGCGUGUCUUGAGGUUCUAUUACGCCACACCGUAUGCGACGAGCUUUCCCCGAACACCAUAUGGAGGAUUGUAUAUUCGAAGUUUGCUUGAAAGCACAGAGUUUGGAUUGACUGUGGAAAGUGAUGAAAGUUGGGAGAAUGCAAUCGACUGGUCAACACGUCUUAGGACUGAUCUAAAAGAAGACGACUUUCUCCAUAUCUAUGAGGAAGUAAAUGGUGCUGGUAUUGAUAGGUUGCGGUGGGUAGCUGCAAAGGAAAUGCAAUUCCCAACCUCACAUGGACUGUCCAGCCCGUGGAAACAAUCCCCUCGCAUGAUACCUGGUCCGCGAUACCAAUCAGCGAAGUUCAAGGCGGUACACAAUAUUCGAAUUUGUAUAUCUCAGGUUGAUUGGGAGAAAGCUCUGCUAGGCACGAGUGAAAUAGGGUCAGGCGUUGUCAUGCGUCCCCCGGCAGGAUCUCACCAUGUCGAGCUCGAGGUUGAGCACCACAUGACGGCGUUUCUUGACUUCAAAUUUGCGAGAUCACGGUCCACUGGAAGUAGUUGGAGAGUAAUCUACUCAGAAUGUUACGAGGACUCUCCAAUAUCGGUACCUUAUCUUCGAUGCAAAGACCAGCGACUCGACACUUCCAAGCAGCUAAUUGGACCCGAAGAUAUUUUUCGUUUUACCGGACCUGCCACUGUGGCCGAUCUCAGGUACCACGCACAAGCAGACGAGGAGGUCUUCUCUCCAUUCCACUUCCGAACCUUUCGCCUCAUAUCCUUAGACAUUGAAGUCGGCCAUGGAUCAUACUUAGACUUCAAAGGUAUCGAUCUGACAACAACAUCAUAUCCACUGACAGUCCUCGCUGAGAUCAACACACAUCCCGAGACGGACGAUAAAGCAAGGAUGCACGAGCUUUGGAAUACUAGUCUCAGAACGCUUCAGAACUGUAUACAUGAUUGUUACGAGGAUUGCCCGUUUUACGAACAACUCCAAUAUGCUAUGGAUGUCCGAAGUUCUGCAUUGUUUACUUACGCAGUCUCGGCAGACGAUCGAAUGGCUCGCCAGGCAAUCAUCCAACUUCACAACUCGUACCUGCCAAGUAUUGGACUUACGGCUAGCCGCGCACCCGCACACCAGUACCAAAUUAUUCCUCACUUCUCUCUGUUUUGGAUCUGCAUGGUGACGGACCAUUUUGAGUAUUUUCACGAUGCCAGCUUUGCCCGUCAAUUUCUGGCUGUUUGCGAUGGUGUGCUAGAAACCUUCGCGCGGCUUAUUGAUCCAAGUCUCGGUCUGACCCGUUGUGUAAAGUCUCCUGCAAAAUGGGACUUCGUUGAUUGGACUGAGGCAUGGAAACCGAUGGGAAUACCUCCAGCUGCUGAGAGAACGGGCUAUCAGAGCUACACGAAUAUGCUUUAUGCCUAUACCUUAGACAGAAUGUCAGAUCUGUUAGAAGGUGUCGAGCGACCUGCUCUCGCAGGAGAAUACAAAUCGAGAGCUACAGCCACAGUACAGGCAAUCAAGAAGCAUUGCCCCAACGGAAACUUUUACACAGACGGCUUAGCUUCCACAGCUGACCCAAACCAGGAUCUGAGCCAAAACAGCCAAGUAUGGGCUGUCCUCUGCGGUACUGCUCAGGGCGAUCACGCACGUACAAUCCUAAACAAAUGCCUGUCGGACUCCCGAUUCACACCGGCUUCGUUGUCCAUGUCCUUCUACACGCUCCGUGCUCUAUCACUUGCAGGUGGAGAUGUUUAUAAUGGAAACUUUCACCGAUUCUGGGAUCCUUGGAGGAAGCAAUUGGCUCAAGGUGUCACCACCUGGGUCGAAGACGAUGUGAGCCAGAGAUCUGACUGCCAUGCUUGGGGAAGUGCUCCGCUGUACGAAUUUACAGCUGAGGUUGCGGGGGUCAAACCUGCAGGGCCGGGUUGGAGAGCAAUUUCGUUUCGCCCGCGUGUAGAUUUGUUUCCUGACCUGGACGCGAAGAUUCCGUUUAAAGUAAAUGGCGACGUUGCAGGACAGUACAGUCUCGAUGCUGAUGUGGCAGAGGGCAGACGUUUCUGGACGUUCCAAAGCUGGUGAUUCCAAGUCAGGUAGAAGUGAAGGGUCGGGCGGGACCAUAGAUGGCGAAGCAUGAAAGUCAACGGGCUGGACUUGCCAAGCAUUAUUUCUGGUUGCGAAAGACCGAAUGAGAUCAUCUAGGCCAUCAAGUCGUUUCAAUAUUGCCAGACUGGCUGCAUCAAAUCUAGACGAAUGCAGCUGUCAGCUGGCAAGUUCUAGGAAGCUAAAGAAAUGGUAACAUUGGAUCAGCUGGCCACAAACGCAGACUUGUCCUUUUCCUCAUAGAUAUAUGGAAUGUCUAGAUCUACGCAAGAGGUGCAGGACGGUUGCUCAUUAUCCCAUUUUGUUCGCCGGCGUCGACAGGUUCGGCAAGCUUAUACGGCGCGUUUUUGCGGGUACAGGUUUCUAUCAUUCGAAACCGUCCGGGGACGUUUCCGAGUCUCUGCCUCUGCAUCGGGUGCUCUAGACAUUUCCCCCCUCGCCCAAGUUUGUUUGGCUUCGCUUGAUUCAGGCUUCGCGGCCUUGCGGUUGUAAAAGGGGUCCUUGAAAUCAGAAUGGGAG